AUGUCACAGGCUGGACUCCACCUGGUCCUCAAUGGCGCCACACGGGGGCACACCGUCACGGCCAAGGACGGGGCACUUGCCCACCGCGCUGCCUGGGCCACGCUCCCUCAGGACACUGCCUACCCCCGAGUUCCCACAGCGAGUGGAGAUGGCCGCCGGGGCUGGACACCUGGACCCAAGAGCGACCGGACUUGGACUUGGUCUGACAGGCCCCGUCACAGGCCGGGAAAGCCCAGCCCUCCGCCCCCCGAAGCGCCCAGGGUGGUCCUCCCGUGGCACCUCAUCAGCCACCGGAACUCAAGACCAGUCCCCCGAAGGACAGGCCCGCCUGGCUCCCGGCACGUGAGCCCUCUGUGUGCCCGCCGAGUGCCCAGCUCCGGUCCUCGACUGAGCCCGCGCGGCAGCGGCAGCCAGGCUGCUCUGGUGACCCGGCCAUGUCCCGGGAGGGUGGCAGGUGGACUCCAUCUUGACCCUCAAGCUCUAACUGGAGAUUCCCAGCGAGCGGCACCUGGGCUGCUAGGAUUCCAUGGACGUCGCGGGGAUCUCACGCGACACACGUUACACAAACCCGUCAUGUACCCAAGGCCGCCAGGGGCGCGUUCCUACGGACAGGGCUUGGUGUCUGAGUUUGGUGCUGGACACUGAGUGCUCCCUGGGCCUCCACAGGGCCCGGUUAAGUGGGUCUCGCCACGGAGGAGGAAGAGGCUGGACCUCCAUCUGCGCCCCGCACCACAGACCUCCCUGACUCCCAGGACACGUGGGCAUCACUCCAGCUUCAGACGCGGCCAGUGACUUGGUCAGCGGGACCCUUAGGGAUCCUCAGAGCUCUGCCAUCUUAACACAGCGCCCCUGAGGAGGGGCGGUCUCUGUAGCAUCUGCAAGUGACCCAAUUAAUAAACGGGCCAAGGAAACGC